GACAGCUGCAACCAUUGAGUAUAUUGCCUCCCGAAUUCGCGAAGCUGCUAUAAAUCUGCUAAUGAUUCUGCCUCGCUGAUCGACAGGGUAGUUGCUAAUGAUCGCACACAGUGGAUUCAACGCUGUGGCCGCGCUACUACAUGUACCUGAAGUCGUUGCUUCCACCGCGUCACUUUGGUCGUUAGCUGUUGAUAGCUUUUACAGUCGUCUCCUCAGCGAUGUGAGAGUCGACGAUGUGAGGCCUGGGUCAAACUUUAAGCCUUGGACGACGAAAAAACUGUCGACGGAUCGAGCUGCUUCAACGUCAUCGCCGAUGCAGCACAACCUAUUUCUAAACGGCAAUCAGUCAUUUCUAACCAGGACGAUGGACAGCGCCACGCACCCAUUCGAAUGCGAGAUUAACCUGAGCUUUCCUGAGGAGGUAGAUGCGCAGUAUGUGCUGCAGACGCUUGAGGUCGACGAGGAGCUCCAGCCGGAGAAGAUCCACCGCACACUGACUGUUAAGGGCGCCGAACUCCACGUGCACUUCGAGGCUACGGAGAUUCGACUGCUGCGUGCCGCUGUGUCUUCCUUCUACGAUAUGAGUGUGUUGACCGCUAGGGCACUGCUGGAAUUCAAGGAGUGA